GGGAGAAAGGAGAAAAAGAAAAGGAUUGAGAAUAGUAGCAAGUUUUAUUGCUUUUCGGGGGUUUUCAGUUUUCAUUCUUCAGCUGAGAAAAAGAAAGAGAAGCGGAAACCAAACCCCAACUCCAAACCUACCCCCAAACCUCUAAACGACAAUGUUCAGAAACCAAUACGACACCGAUGUUACUACGUGGAGUCCCGCUGGGAGGCUCUUCCAGGUUGAAUACGCAAUGGAGGCAGUGAAGCAGGGUUCCGCCGCAAUUGGCCUCCGAUCCAAAACGCACGUCGUUUUAGCAUGCGUCAACAAGGCCAACUCCGAGCUCUCUUCUCACCAGAAGAAGAUCUUCAAAGUCGAUGACCACAUCGGCGUUGCCAUCGCCGGACUCACCGCCGACGGCCGCGUUCUCUCGCGCUACAUGCGCAACGAGUGCAUCAACUAUUCGUAUACCUAUGAGUCUCCUCUUCCCGUUGGACGACUCGUCGUUCAGCUCGCUGACAAGGCUCAGGUUUGCACCCAGCGGUCAUGGAAGCGUCCUUAUGGGGUUGGCCUCUUGGUCGGUGGACUGGAUGAAUCAGGAGCUCACCUCUAUUAUAACUGUCCAAGUGGAAACUAUUUUGAAUAUCAGGCUUUUGCAAUUGGUUCUCGCUCACAAGCCGCCAAGACAUACUUGGAACGCAAGUUUGAGAACUUCAUGAGCUCCUCACGCGAAGAACUGAUUAAAGAUGCACUUAUUGCAACUAGAGAGUCUUUGCAAGGUGAAAAGCUCAGGAGCUCCGUAUGCACUAUUGCUGUGGUUGGAGUUGGUGAGCCGUUUCACAUUUUGGAUCAAGAGACUGUACAAAAGUUGAUUGAUGAAUUUGAGAUUGUUAGGGAUGAUGAACCUCCGGCUGAACCUCAGCCUGCAGCUGAGCAGGAUGCUCCUGCAGAUCAGGGUACCGGUGCUGAUCAAGGUGCAGCCGCUGCAAGUCCAGAUGUUGCUCCUAUGGACAUUUGAUAAUUUAAGCUCCAGCGAUAGAGGGGUUAAGAACAGUUAUUUACAGAUGAGUAGAAUUCAUGGUGAGUGUGUCAUGGGAAAAGAUAUCUCUUUGAUGGAUUUUAUUUUCUUAAUCAUGUUGGUUUAUGCAAUUCUUCCAUGGCUGAUAACUGAACAAUUUAGUGAUACCGUUUGAUAGACUUUGAAAGUGUUUGAUGGAACGCUCAAUUUACGGCUUCA